AUGAGCUCGUUUUUGAUAAACUCCAACUACAUCGAGCCCAAGUUCCCUCCCUUCGAGGAGUACGCGCAGCACAGCGGCCCGGGCGGCGGAGACGGAGCCUGUGAAACAUUUUCUUUGCGGUUUUAUGUAUCUUUCGUGAACUUGGUGUCAGCUUAUUAUAUAAUGAUGAUGUCCAAUUGCUCUUCCCCACCCUAUCUUCUCUCUCCUCCUUUCUCUCUCUUCCACUCCCUCCUUGGCCUUCUCCUUCGGGGUUCUGGGUGCUUAGUCAACCCCAGUUAUAACGGAGGGGAACCCAAGCGCUCUCGAACCGCCUAUACCCGGCAGCAAGUCUUGGAGCUGGAAAAGGAGUUUCAUUUUAACCGAUACCUGACCCGGCGGCGCCGCAUUGAGAUCGCCCACACGCUCUGCUUGUCUGAACGCCAGGUCAAGAUCUGGUUUCAGAACAGGAGAAUGAAAUGGAAGAAAGAUCACAAACUGCCCAACACCAAGAUGCGAUCCUCCAACCAAGCCUCCACCUCAGCCUCUUUGGCCUCUUCGGGCCCACCAGGAAAAGCACAAACUCAGAGCCCGCACCCCCACCCUCACUCUCUCCCUGGUGCCUCCACACCCAUUUCCUCCUCCAUAUAA